AUGGACCACCAGCUGCAGAACCUCAAGCUCGUCGCGAUCUCCGGACUUGUGGCGGAGAAGCACUCGCUUGGGAUCAUCAGGUAUAUCUUCGGAGCCCGGGAAAUGGGCAGACGCAUUCGGUCACUAGCCAUUCGCUACAAUAACGACGAUCGGAGCACACCGAACGCUUUCCGUGAUGCCGUCGCAGCGAGUUAUCUUGAUCAUGACCGCCUUGCACCUUCAAUACUUCACAUUCCCAACGCCAUUUCGUAUGUCGCCCGUGUAGGUCACCCGAGCAGCGCGCACGUCUAUCAGUCGGACACGGAUCGUCAGUGGUUCGUCCCUGACGUUGCCUCGCCGGAUCUGCAUCGCUUCGUACGGCUAGAGCCACCCGUCGCCUACGCUCAACGCUCUACCAGUCGUGCUGACUACGUCCGUGACAUCAUCGACCCACUCCCCUUUUGGGCCAUCCCUUCCACUGGAACCAUGGGAACUGUCGGUGUUCCUGUCAAGACGCGGACCACUGAGGUGCUGAUGUAUGGGAAAAAGUCCUUCCUGACUGCUGAUGGGAAGGCGAGGUCAACGGUCAAUGUCCAGUUCAAGUGGCCCGGCUACUCCCGCGAAUUCAAAGCGCAAAUCCGGAUCAAGAGCGAUGCCAAGGAUUGUGGCAGUGGCACUUAUCAACGAUUGGUCAACUUGGUAAAAGGAUCCGUUCGCAACUUUAUAGACGCGUACGCCCAAGAACCAUGCCAAAAUGCACACUGGGCAGUUGGCCCAGGGCGCAUCACUGCAGACGAUCUUGUUCUCGUGGCAGUGGUCGUGGUGUCGCAAGGUGCCGUGAUGCCCAUCUUGAAGGUCACCCGCGAUAACUUCGUACCACCCAACCCGAUUCAAGGCCAGGAGGUUGCCGCUGCAACGGUACAGGGCUUUGGCUCGUAUGGCACAUUUGGCGGAACCUUCCUCGCCAGUUUCGGGUGUGCCAAUCCCGAAUGGAUGAACGUGGAAUAUUAA